UUUUUUCAUAUCAAUAUUUUAUCUAGCUUAACUAGAAAUUCAAAUUAUGUUCUUAGCCCGUGUUUUUCGGAUCAUUUCGUCAAGUUGGGUUGUAUUUUACAACCUUAUUUCGUCCUCCCUACAUGUUUGUAAUAAAUUCUUAUUUUGACAGGAGGCCUAGAAGUUGCCAGUCAAUCCGACUGUGAAGGUCAUUUCAUUACCAUAUUUGUUUCAAUUUCAUCAAAAUUUAAUCUAUCAAAAUCCCUCCUAGAUUAAAAAAAGGAGUCGAAUUUAAUCAAUAAAGAAUAGAGAACCUCCCAAAAUCAACAUAUUGGUAGUAAAUAUUAUCGGUAAGUCCUAGCAACAUGCUUCUUGUCUACAUAAACCAGGUCUCUAGUAGUUUUUUUGAUACGCAUGGCAGCAUGCAUGCCCAAGAAGUACCUCUAAAAGCCUUUCCUCGAUAUUCUCCACCAUCUUUGCAUUCUAUACAAGGUAAUAAUCUAAGGGAAUAGUAACGGUUUAAGUCCAAAGCAGGGCUUCCUUUCCAGGGCUUCCUUUCCAUAUCAGCUAAACCGUUACUGCUUUAUUCACAUGGACAAUGUGUCUUAGAAUUAUUGCUUUACGUUUUUGCAUGCUGUGUAUAUGGCAGCUUAUUUUUCUCAACAUCCUGGUGCCUGAGCUCAUGUUUCCUUCACUGAAAAUGAUCAUGGCAAACAAGGUUGAUACAUCGGCUUCUUCGAGUUAUUAUGCACUUCUGAUUACUGUCCUUGUCUUUGUUAUUGUUGGUACUUGUUGUGCAGAAGAAAGAUCAGUGUACUUGGUCUUAAUGGAAGAAGAGCCAGUGGCAUUUCAUGGAAGCCAUUUAUCUCAUGAAGGACGAAAAGUACUUGCACUUGACAGUGAAGUUUCCAAGGCUCAUGCAAAGCACUUGGUGGAUUCUCAUGACCAACUUCUGCAAAGCAAUCUAAAAACUGGAAGCUACAACAAGCUCUACAGCUUCAAACACAUUGUUAAUGGCUUUUCUGUUCAUACAACCCCUUCUCAGGCAAACAAAUUGAAAGUUGCUCCUGGAGUGAAGCUGGUGGAGAAAGAUAGAGGAGCCAAAUUGAUGACAACAUACACUCCUCAAUUCCUAGGGUUACCUCAAGAAGUAUGGGCAAAGGAAGGAGGAGACAAAAAUGGAGGUGAAGGGAUUGUUAUUGGUUUUGUUGACACAGGAAUCACCCCAGAACAUCCAAGUUUUACUUAUGAUCCCUUGAAUCCUUUCACAUCAAAUAUUUCUCAUUUUUCGGGUGCUUGCGAAACGGGGCCUAGAUUUCCAUCUAGUUCUUGCAAUGGUAAGAUAGUGUCAGCUAGGUACUUCUCAGCUGGGGCUCAAGCAAUUGCUACUCUCAACACUUCAGUGGACUUCCUCUCUCCCUUUGAUGCUGCUGGGCAUGGCAGUCAUGUGGCAUCAAUUGCUGCUGGAAAUGCUGGGGUCCCAGUGAUUGUGGAUGGCUUCUAUUAUGGGCGAGCUAGUGGGAUGGCUCCUCGUGCUCGAAUUGCUGUUUAUAAGGCUGUGUAUCCAACAGUGGGAACUAUAACAGAUGUGGUUGCAGCAAUAGAUCAAGCAACAAUGGAUGGAGUGGACAUAUUAACACUCUCAGUUGGACCAGAUGAACCACCAGAAGAUACCAUUACAUUCUUAAGUGUGUUUGAUGUUUUCAUGUUAUUUGCUCGACGAGCUGGAGUUUUCGUUGCUCAAGCUGCAGGUAACCACGGGCCAGACUUUUCAACUGUUGUAUCUUACAGCCCAUGGGCUGUAGGUGUAGCUGCUUGCAGCACAGACAGAAGUUACCCCGGUUCUCUUCUUCUUGGAAAUGGGCUAAAGGUUGGAGGCGUAGGUUUAUCAGGUCCUUCUUUUGGAGACGGGGAGUUUCUGUGUAAGUUGGUGCUGGCUAAAGAUGCAGUUAGGGUAAAUGGGGCAUUCCCAAGGACUCCAGCAUAUGUUGAAGAAUGUCAAUUUCCAGAAGCAUUGGACCCUAUUAUUGUGCGAGGACGAAUAGUUAUCUGUGUCUUCUCAGCCGGCUUCUAUAAUGGGACAUCAAACAUCAAUGCCAUUAUUGACACAGCAAGAACUCUGGGAUUUAUGGGUUUUGCUUUUGUUGCAAACCCGGCCUACGGUGAUUUCAUUGCAGAACCUAUUCCUUUUGCUGUUUCAGGCAUUAUAAUUCCAAAAGUUGCUGAUGCACAGAUAAUAUCUCAGUACUACGAGCAAAAUAUCCAGAGGGAUGAGAGAGGAUUUGUGAUUCAAUACUGUGCAAGAGCAGCUAUAAGAGAGGGUAGAGUUGCUUCUUUUGUGGGGCAAGCACCUAUUGUCAGCAGAUUCUCUUCCAGGGGGCCAGAUUUUGUUGACAUUAACAGGAAUCCUGCCGAUGUACUUAAGCCAGACAUUCUUGCCCCAGGACACCAAAUAUGGGCAGCUUGGAGCCCCCUCAGUGCCUUAGAACCCAUACUAACUGGAUACCAUUUCGCACUACUGUCUGGUACAAGUAUGGCAACACCUCAUACAGUGGGAAUAGCAGCCCUUAUCAAGCAAUAUAAUCCUUCGUGGACUCCAUCUAUGAUUGCAUCUGCCAUCUCCACUACUGCUACCAAGUAUGACAAUUAUGGAGAAGUCAUACUAGCAGAAGGAUCUUAUCUUAAUAGCUACUAUCCGUCCACUCAUUUCGAUAGUGGCGCUGGACUUGUGAAUCCUGCUCGUGCUAUUGAUCCAGGCCUUGUCUUACCCGCAGAAUUUGAAGACCACAUAAACUUUUUGUGCUCAUUGCCUGGUAUUGAUUGGUCUGUGAUCAAUGCUGCAACUGGAGAGAGGUGCAACCGAUCGCUUAGCCAUCCGGCCAACCUGAACCUACCUUCAGUGACGAUAUCCACACUAAGAAACUCUCUAACAGUCAAGCGGAGUCUGAAGAAUGGAGGCAGCAGACCAGAGACAUACACAUGCUCAGUCAUAUCGCCUAAUGGGACCAUGGUAAACUUGUCUCCAACUUGGUUUAGAAUAGCUCCACAAGAAAUACAAGAUAUUGAGAUACAGUUUCGAGUGAUCCAAGCAGGGGGUGAGUUUAGCUUUGGUGAAAUUGUUCUGACAGGAAGUUUAAAUCAUAUUGUCAGACUACCAUUAUCUGUUUUGCCUAUUUCAACAUCAUAGACAUGGGUUGGAAAUGUUUAAGAAAAUAUAUUUGAGGAACAUAAAUUUCUGUUUUA